AUGUUUCGAAUUGCAUCGAAACGAUCAGUCAGCAAGACCUUGAAAGGAGCUCGCCAACAGUCAAACCAAGCUGCUCCUCCACCAAAAGCACCAGUGCCACCACCACAAAAAUCUGGCGGUGGAAAGGGUUUGGCUCUUGUCGGAGCUGCUGUCGCAGGUGCCGGAGGUGUUGUUGGAUAUUCCUACGUCGACCCGGAAUUCCGCUACAAGGUCGAAGUCAAUGUCCCAGGAGCUGAACAACUUUUCGGCGCAGUUUUGGGAGAGUCGCCAUUAAACAAAUCGAAGCAAAUCGAGCCUGUGAAGGAUAUUAGCUUGGCAGUUUCGAAGACAAACAGAAAUGCUCUCCCUCCAUUGGAAUUGACCCCACUUCCACCAGUUCUUCCCAAAGAGCCUGUCCAUGUUGACCCGGUCGAUGUUCGCAAGGAUGUGACCCCAGUUCAACCAAAGCUCGCCCCAGAAAUCGUUGCUGCUAAGAAUAAGCAACUCGAGGAUAAACUCAAGAUCGCAAUUUUCUCUGCGGAAGGAAAAGUCCGGGUCGCUACUGAGGCCAAACUGAAGACCAUCAAUGCUAUCAACGAGCACGCUACCAUCUUGAAGCAGACUGUCGAUGACGCCAAGAAUGCGAACUGGGAGAAUGUUACUGCUGCUCUCCAAAGAGCUGAAGCUGAAGCUCGUGUCGAUAGUGGACAGGAAGUUGAUGGAAGAAACUACAUUGACAGUCUUCGCAAGAUUGUGAACGACGGAAAGAAGGACGCGGUUACCGCUACCAACCCACUUCUUCUCAACGCUCAAGAGACUGCCAACAAACUUUCUCAUCAACUCGACGAAAUCAACGCUUUGGUCAAUAAGUCUCGUCAAGAAUCUGCUGUUCUCAACCAGUACAAGGAUUUGAUUGAGAAAUCUCGUCAACAAUUUGCCCUUGAGAUGAAGAGCAUUCUUCCUAACGUAGAUGUUCAUGCUAAAGACAAGAAUCUCAACGAGGAAGAGCUCAAUGCUUUGAUCGCCCACGCCCACCUCAAAGUAGAUCAACUUCGUCGUCAACUGUCCGAUCAACAAGUUCGUGAGGAGUUGCAUAUUUCGAAGGCUCUCGAAGAACAACGUCUUGCUGAUGAGCGCAUUGCUUCGGAGAAGUUAGGAAUUGAGAUGAGCCGCGUCGGUCUCCAGAAAGAACUUGAAAUUGAGCGAGCUCUUGUUGAAAGCCGCAGCUCGUGGGAAGGAGAACUUGAAGACAAGCUUAAGCGCACCGCAUCAGCUCACUCCGAGCAUUUGGAACAAGUCAUUCGUACCCAGAGACAACUUUUCGAAAUUGAGCAGAACCAAAAGGUCGAAGAGGCUGUUCUCCGUGAACGUAACCAUCAUAGCAAGCAAGUCGGAGAAGCAUUGAGCCGAUUGGAAGGUAUUGAGGAGGCUCUUGGAAGUCGUGUUGCACUUGACAAUGAGAAUCGUCGCGCUAAACAGUUCUGGAUUGCUUGCCACAACUUGAUUGACACUUUGAAACAUGGAAAUAAGGCUGGAAACAACAUUGAUGAGAGAAGACUCCCAUUGAAUGAGUCGUUGAAUCUUCUCAAAGAAGUGAACCCAGAGGAUGCAUUUGUCAACGCCAUCAUUGGUUCCUUCCCACAACAAGCUACGACCGUUGGAACUUACACAGAGCAAGAUCUGAAGAAUCGAUUCGAGCAACUCUACAAAGUCGGACGCAAAACUGCUUCGAUCGAUGAGAAUGGUGGAACACUAGGAGCUUAUUUCUGGUCAUACGUCAAGUCAAUUUUCCUUGUCGAUCUGCCGAAACAGUACUCCGAGCAGGAACUGAUUGAUGUCAAUAAUACCGACAAUUAUGAGAUUCUUUCUCGUGCCAAGCAAUACGUCCACAAUGGAGAUCUGGACAAGGCUAUCCGUGUUGUACAACUAUUGAAGGGUCAACCUGCUCAUUUGGCUCGUGAUUGGAUUGUCGACACUCGUGCUUAUCUCGAGUCACGUCUUCUAGCUCAACUUCUCGUCGCUCAUGCCGCUGUCUCGUCGAUCCGCUCCACUUACUAG